AUGUCUGAACAAUAUUAUUCUACCGGAAGAGGUGGAGCAGGAAACAUCGCUAAAGGAUCGGGGUCCACAUCUCCUAAAUUAGUACCUCAAGGAUCUAAUACUCCUCAUAUAAGUUCUGAGAAACUCACCACAGGUAGAGGAGGUUUUGGUAAUAUCAUUAAAAAUGAUGAUCCUGAAUUAACCCGAAAAUUACAAGAUGUUGAUAAUGGCUUAAGACCUGUUACAUCAAGUAAAUCAUACGUCGGUAGAGGUGGCUAUGGUAAUAUCAUUGAUGAAAAUUUAGCCCCAAGGCAUAGUAACAAGAGUAAUAAAGCAAAAAGUGAUAGUAAGGCUGAAAAACAUGGCUUUUUCAGUAAAAUAGGAAAAUUGUUCAAAUGA